GAGCUGUGAGGCUCGAGCCCAUCUAUGUGUAAGCCUCUGUCCUCCCUCCCCUCUCUCCAUCCCUCUCUCUCCCUCCACAGACAGGGGCGGUCGUUCUCAGUCAGCGCACAUAUUCCACUUGGCCAGCAUCACUUGGAGUCCACAGACACAGCGCUGAUUGAACGAGCAGAGGGGAGCUCAUUUUCAGAGCGCAAGAUUGUGUUAGAGGGGCUUCACUAGACUGUCACCGGUCAGAGGCAGAGAGAGAGAGAUACAGUACAUCCAUUUCAACCACGCCUUUAAAAGUAGAUAAUCCUCAAAAGAGGAGACGGGGUGUAUAGGGUUUUGCCAGACUAGCCUUGCUUGAGUUUUUCAAAGGAAAAGUGGUUUUAUUUAUCUUUUGUGAAGAGGGACUCGCCUGUGGAACCGAGCAGUGGUAAGAUUCCGCUGCCCGCUUCUCUGUGCGUAAAAAUAAAAGUUUAACACGCCAAGGAGAUAAUUUGAGAGGUCUGCAAACUCUCCUUUAUACUUCCCGGGAAUUGUAAAGCUCAUACCGGACGCCCACUGGAAGAGGAUAUAUAACUUUUCAAGACAUUUUUGUGGAGAGACGCGGAGGCGGGUUGGUCUAACGGAGAGCGGAGGAAUCCUCUUCGCUGAGCCGGGAGGAGUGCGCGCUGCGCUGGGUAGCAGAUUGACCCAAAGGACGGCACCUCGGAGACAAGGUUAUGACGGAACGGAGCUGAACAUGGAGCUUUUCUGGAUUUUGUUAUUUUCUAGUGUCUGUCCUCUCGCCUGGGGCCAAGGAGUUUACGCUCCAGCCAACGCCCAGAUUGUGCACUCAGGCGCAGCGUGUAACGUCAAGGAUGAUAACAUCAGUGAGAGAAUCUACACCAUCAAAGAAGGAGACACACUAGUGCUUCAGUGUAUUGUUAAAGGACACCCACGACCACAGGUGCGGUGGACGAAGACGGCAGGCAGUGCAUCAGACAAGUUCCAGGAAACAUCCAUCUACAACGAGACGCUGCGCAUUGAGGGCAUCCAGAGGGUGCAGGGGGGUCGCUACUACUGCAAGGCCGACAACGGGGUUGGGGUGGCUGCCAUCAAGUCCAUCCGCGUAGAUGUGCAGUACCUUGACACGCCAGUUCUGACAGUGCACCAGACCAUCAGCGAUGUGCGUGGCAGUUACUACCAGGAGAAGACGGUGUUCCUGCGCUGCACCGUCAACUCUAACCCUCCUGCACGAUUCAUCUGGAAACGUGGGAGCAUGCUCAUCGAACAGAGCAAGGACAACGGAGUGGACAUCUAUGAACCGCUUUACACUCAGGGUGAGACCAAGGUGCUGAAGCUGAAAAAUCUAAGACCCAAGGACUUUGCUGAUUACACGUGCCAGGUGUCCGUCCGCAAUGUGUGCAACAUCGAGGAUAAGUCGGUCACCUUCAGGCUCACAAAUGCCACAACUCCCCCAAUGAUCCGGCUGUCUGUGAACGACACGGUGGUGGUGGAUCCCGGGCAGGAUGUGCUCUUAACCUGUGAGGUAACCGCAGGUUUCCCCCUCCCCACUGUGAUGUGGUCGCGUUACCCCGGCUCCCUUCCCCUCAGCGCCCAAGUUCGAGGGGCAACGCUGAUUAUGCGGGCCGUCACACCGGCUGACGCAGGGUUCUACAACUGCACGGCUGUCAACAAUGUGGGCAACCCUGCUCGCAAGAACGUCAAUCUCGUUGUCAGGACGAUGAGCAACCUGACCUUCCAGAUUACACCAGACUCUAACAAGGACAGCGAGACCAUCCAAAUGGGUCGAGACCUCAAGCUUUCGUGCCACGUUGAUGCCACCCCACAGGACAAGGUCAACUACACCUGGUAUAAGAACGGCGCCCCUAUCUUCAACUCGGAUAGCCUGAUCUUGCUACGCAGUGACCCAGACAUGGCACCUGGCACCAGUAGCUUGGAGAUUGUGGACAUGAAGUUCAGAGACUUGGCUACCUACAGCUGUGUGGCGAACUUCCCGGGCAGCAGGGUGCCGGAGCUCCGUGUGGAUGUCAACAUUUCUCAGAACAGCGUCUCUCCUCCAGUGCUGUCGGUUCCACCAGGAGGUCAGGUGGUCAGUGUGCGAGAAGGAGGUAACGCUGAGCUGGUGUGCUUGGUGGCAGAUGGCAAACCACGUCCACCUAUACUCUGGUCACGGGCAGAAAAAGACCUGCUAAUGCCAUCAGGAAAGACCAUGGUGGAGACACCUGAUGGCCGCUUGAGGCUAAAGAACGUCAGCCGGGACAUGAUGGGGCUGUACCGGUGCCAGUCUGCUCCGUACAACGGGCUUAACAUCAAACGCAGAGAGGCACAGGUCCAACUCAAUGUGCAGUAUCCUCCCAUGCUGGACCCAGUCUUCCAGGAUGUACGUUCUAGGAACUAUCAGAUGGUGACGCUGAGGUGUACGGUCCUGCGAUCAAACCCGCCACGCCUUACAGACAUCCGCUGGUUCCGUAAUGGCGACUUCAUCCGCAUGCCGAUGCCAGACCUGAAGGAGACGCCUGAACUGAAGUUUAAGCUGGAACCCACCAACAACGGCUCUUAUGAGUGCCGAGUCAGCAAUAGUGCAGGAACAUCCACAUGCACAUUUAAUGUCUCCGCACAACCCUACAAUGCUGAGUUCUACUUUGACACACCCAACCCAGUCCGAAUCCUAAAAGGAAACAACUAUUCGUACAACUUGCAGUGGACACAGAAAGAUCCUGAGGCCACAGACCGUAUCAUAGGCUACUGGGUUAAUGUCCGAAAGAACAAGCAGAACCUGCUGUCAAAGCAGAUAGACCUCAAGGGUAAGGAGCCAGAGAAGGGUGUGCUGAUGUCCCACACCAUAUCAGACCUGAGAAUCCCUCUGUCUUACGAGGUCCGACUGGCCCCCAUCACCACCUACAGCACUGGGGACUACGUCAGUCGCAUCAUACAGUACUCAGAACCCUACACCUACCCAAGACCCUCAGACCAUGUGUGUGGUUUUGAGGAUGAGCGGAUCUGUGGUUUUUCUCAAGACCGGAGUGAUGUCUUUGACUGGACGAGACAGAAUCAUCUGACGCAGAAUCCCAAGCGAUCUGCCAAUACCGGCCCCGAGACUGACCGCAGUGGAACCAAGGAGGGGUACUACAUGUACAUUGAAGCGUCACGGCCACGUAUUCAGGGGGACAAGGCUCGUCUGCUUUCUCCACUUUUUAAUGUGACCUCAGUCAGGGGCCCCAAGGGCUCUGGCAGAGUCCCAUACUGUGUGUCCUUCUACUACCACAUGAAGGGCAAACAUAUUGGCACUCUCAAUGUGCUUCUGAGAGUGAGAAGCAUCGCCUCUGUGGACUCGGUGGUGUGGAUGAAGUCUGGCCAUCAGGGCCCGGACUGGAAGAAAGCAUUCUUUGACAUCAGCCCCAGUGGACCCUUCCAGAUUGUGUUUGAAGGAAUUCGAGGCCCAAGUUUCGAGGGGGAUAUUGCAAUUGACGACGUGUCCAUCACCAUAGGGAAGUGCAAGCAGGAGAACACUGUAGCCAGCGCAGGUAAGACAGUUCUGAUCGGUGGAUCACACUCACUCCCAUUGGCCAGCUGGCUGACCUUUGGCCUCUCCUGCUUCCUGUCGCUACUCUACAGAUGAUGAGCACUUCCCACAACACCACCUGUCUGUAGUGACAGGCACUGCCCCGACUCGUGCUCUUUUACUUCUCUCUCUACCCUUCUCCCUGUCCUUUCCUCUACUUAUCUCUCUCCCUCACCGUCUGUCCUUCCCACUCGUUGUAUUUCUAUCCUUCAUGCAUCCAUUUCAUCCUUCUUGCUUAGAUAAAUGGUAACACACAGUCUUUGUAUAGUUUCUCCUCUUCUGCUUUCUUUGCGGAUUUACCCAGACAUUCAGCAUAACCAAGUGAUGCUCAUACUGUAUUUAAGGUGAACAUACUUAAUGAUCUCUGACAGUUGAACUACACAAUCUCUCCUUUGCCGCUAUAUUAAUCUGAUUAGACUAACUUUAUCUAUGUCACCGUGUCACUUUGUCUCCUUUUCCUCUCCUUCAUCAACCUUCUUCAUCCAUAUGUGCACCCUCUCAUGUAUCUCCACUCCCUCGAACCGCAAUCCUCAACGGCCCCUCCACCCUAUUCCCCAGACACACCAAAGUGUCAGACACUCUACCAAAGAUGACAAAGGACCUGAGGGAAUAACUAGAGGAAACAGGGAUUCCAGGAAGAAAGUGAAAGAGAGAGAGAAAGUGGGAAAAAUACUUUUUUUUCACAAAGCCCGUCUCCCUUCCAUCCCGACCUUUGGGACCAUGGGAGCUACUGAAUGACAAAGAGACAGAAAAAAAACUGAUAAAUUAAUGAAUGAAUAAACAAAUGAAUGGUGAGGAAAGGACGGACCAGAAACAGAGGGAAAAAGAGUGGUGCUCCUUGUAGCCUCGCUUGUCGUCUCCUUACCACAAGAGACGAACCUCAGUGCGGAUUAUACGUGUACAUUUAUCUCUCUAUAUAUUAAAUAUAAUAAAGUUUAAACUAAAACACAACUAGGACAGUGGAGACACUUUACAAAGUGAAAUUAAAGAAGCACAACGUUUAUACAACCUCUGCUGUUCCUUUGGGUUUUAUUCUACUUAUGUGAUGUUGCAAUUUAUCAGACCUAUUCAAUGUUUUUGAUAGUUUGCUUUUUUGUUUUGUUUUUGUUUAUGGCAUUAUAAGGGUCAAGGGCAAUGGGUAAUAAAGUAUUAUAUUAAUAUUUAUGAGAGGAAGAGAAGAUGAUUUUUGAUCCAGAACCUUAAUUGAGCACGAGGAGGGAAAUGUAAGGAUGACCCAAGCUCCUGGAUAGGAACCUCAACUUUUCUUCGCAGAUACUGAACACACACACACACACACACACACACACACACACAUUUGUCCUUGCUGACAUCACAGGCAGGCUCUCAGCUCAUCAUCUGCCUCAAAUAGAUGUCUCAUUUGUGAAUGGCACAGAAGGAAAACGGUGGAUGGUAACUUUCACAUUUCUGCUCCCUUAAUCAGUGGACAUCAUGACUCAGAUGUCUGGAUUGAUCAACCACAACAGAAUCGCUGGACAUGUCUCUAAUGAAAAGAAAAGCAUGGUGUUGUACAGGGGGCCAAAAAAGAGCCUGGAGUGAAUUCAGUUGAAUAUAUGGUCAGAGAGCACUUCUUUCUCUACAGGUUAUUGAAUGUCACGUAUGAAUUCCCCAUACCCUACAGCAGGAGUGAAAGAUGGAGAAGAUUGUCAGUAUAUGGCGGGUGUGCAGUGUGGAUUGCAUAUCGGAUUCUCUGUCAUUGUUUAAUUAAUGUUGAAUGUCUGUAGUGUAAACCAUUUUCAUAAUCACAUAGAUAUGAUUGUGAUAUGAAGUUAAGCAAUACUCAUAUCUAUAGAUCUAUAUACAAUAGUUUAUGAUUGCAUUUAAGAUAGCAGAGAAACAGUCUUGUCCAAAACACAUCAUAUUCUCUCUUCCUUUGUCAGUUCUAAUUUAUAAUUACCAGUGUAUUCACCAUUCAUUACUUUCCACAUUUAAAGCUGUAGCUAUUUUCAUCAUUCAGGGGACAGUAUGUUUGCAUUUUGCUGCAUCAUGCUUCAGUUUAUCUUGAGAAAACUACAUUCACCAGUCGCCCUGCUCCAGUAAUCUGCUUGUGUAUGCUGAUCUGCUGUAUUACAUGUCUUUUCAACACCUUAUGUACUGUCUGUCAUGUCACGUUGAUUUGAUCAUUGCACUUGUUUCUUGUGUGUUUUUGUUUUCUUUAUUGUGGUCGGUACAAAUUGUAUUAUUGACUUUUCAUUCAUAAAUAGCACAUAACAUACAGACAUGAUGUGCCUGUUUGGCCAGUCUGGCGUGAAUGGCAAUUUCCAUAUUAAGCUGGCACUGGUGGUUACUGUAUGUGUAAAACAUCAUACUGUAUCAUUGGCAGCUUUUAGGUCGCAUAAAGGUGAACUAAACUUUGUUUGGCAUGUUGGACAAAUUAGUGAAACUCCACAGACAGUAGUGUAUUAUAAGAACAUAGAAGCCCUUUGACACUUACUGUGAGCAAACUCUCAAUACUGCAUCUUAGCUUUAUCUCUGUCAUCACAAAGUUACUUAAGUACGAUGAGUGUACGUGAUGGCAGGUUGUACCUAAAUGAUACAAACUAUUUUAGAAGUGAAUUUGAGUGACAUGCUUUCCUGUAAGUGUAGCUUAUUCAUUCUGCUAUCAUAUACUCUAAGGCUAAGCUUAAAAUGUGUUAACUUUUUAUAAUCUCCUCAAAAUGCCCCUGUCAUUUUCCCAAAACACAACAUAGCAAAAAGUGUUUGUUUUUUGGGAAACACUGCAAUACCUCCAAUUCCACCGGCUUAUAUGGCUAAGGGAAUUGGCUACAUGUGGUAUUUAUAUCAGCUUGAGUUGUACAGUAUCAUGAGCAUUAUUCAACACUUAAGCAGCACACUGUGGGUCAGUACGUUACCCGUAUAGUACUAAAUACAUUUUAGAAAUGAUGUGCAUGGCAUUUUAUCAUGCCAGCUGUCAAAUCAUUCCUCAUAUUGCCUCAUAUUUCAGUGGCAGUAGUAACAGGGGAAACACUACCAUUGUUAUCAGUGCAUUUGACUGACAAAGGAACAAUUUGUCACUUUUUACCAAUGAGUAUUAAAAUAUGUGGCAAUAUGGUAAGGUAACUGGUACUGUAUCCAUCUACUCGCAUAUGAUAAAGCAACUUUUGUUUUUUCCAAAUAUGAUUCAACAAAAUUCUUCCAACUGGCACACUAAGCUCAACUUUGUGUCACCAGAAGCAGUGCCUAAUUCCAAUCAGAUGACCAAGCAACUGUCACUGGUUGUAAUAUACAUAUAUUAAUUUUAAUAAUUGUUUCGCCAUUUGAAAAUAUAGCAACACUUCAUGUUGGUCAUGUCAUAUCUAGGACAGAUAUAAAGUAAGGUUUGCAUAUAUCUUCCAUAAUAAAAUCACAUGCUAAAAGCAUCACUUGUAAUGUAGAAAAUAACAGAAUCAUGUGGAUCAGUUGUUUCAAAAUAACAUUGGUCAAUAAAAUGAAAAUGUAAAAAAGCAGAGAAAUCAAAAGCUUUUGUCGAUAAUAAAAAUAUCUGUCCUAGGUGGCAUGCUUUGGUAGCAAACAAACAAACACCUUAAACAUGCUGAUUGUCAUACAGUGCUAGGUAAGCACAGUGAGAAUGUGUAGCACAACUGUCAGUUAGCAUACAAUAGUUCAGAAGUGUGAGUCAUUUAACUUCAAGAAACAGAGAUGAAUCUGACUGAUAUUUUUCGUGUAAGAGAUGGUUGAAGGUCCAUCAAAACAUAUUUGAGCUUAUCAUUGUAAACUGCAUAAAUAGAACCAAACUCAACUUCAGUAAAGUCAUUACCUGUAGAGUCCUUUGGUUUUUAAGCAACUAACAUAAUGGCCUCAUUACUUGACUCUUGUGUUUUUGAGAAAUUGAUGUUUUGAUAGAAUGUGAUGGACUGUCAAAAAGUAAAAAACACUUACUGUACAUUUGGUAGACUGAAGGCACCUCCAGAUUUUAUGUCAAUGAUUUUGCUAAAGACAAACCAAAGACAAGAUAACAAGCUAAAUAUUUACCACAUGAAUUAAUGAUGAAAAUGACCUGAGCAGUUUGAUUUUCUCUUAUCAGGCAGGUGACACAGUAAUUCUACUAAGUGUCUGAAGACCAGUUUAUUCCAAAAUGUUACAUUUAAAAGGUAUAUCUAUUUCAGUUGCAAUCCUCUAAUGUAGGUCAAGUCAGUGCUCAGUUCCCAAGUGCUCAGUUCCCAAAAAGUACACACAUGUUUGUGUCCAUUAAAUGUGAGCAACCUGGUUAUUUCCACCUUCUGUUAGCAACAUGCUCAUUCAUCUAUUUACUGAGCCCCUGUAUAGCUACACAUGUACACACAUACACACACACACACACAGACACACUUAAUACACACAAUAAUAACAACUGGAAUGACAAACUGACUGUUAAUCACCCAUCUACUCUAUACUGUCUGUACUGUCUUGAAUGGAUUGGAAUUGACCUGAACGAGACUGUCUGGAAUCACUCAGCCUCUGCCCCCCUCCCUAAUUGUAAAAGCUGUCAGUACACUGAGCAACUGCGUGGCAAUGGAUUAAGUAUUCAUCCUGGCAACAGUAAUAGAAUGAGGUACAUGUUCAAAAGUUAUUUUCUUGUUUGUAAGAAAUGUAAUAAUGUAAAACAAUCAGUGUCUGAGUGCUGGUAACGCUCCUGGGUAAUGACCUGAAUGACCUUUUCCACAAAACGCUGUGACCCGUGCCCUGGUUUUCCAAAACAAGGUUAAAACCGGUGUUGAUUUGUUUUAGUAAAACGUUUCAUAUGAUGUUCGAUUGAGUAUGUUCCUAUGUUCCUACCCCCCAGGUUGACCCUAAGAAACUGAAUCCCAGUGUUCCAGUUCCAGUGUUCUGUGGCACAAAACGUAAAACCUUAUGAAUUACUUUUUUAGGACUCAGCUGACUAUUGUAAUUCACUGUGACAAGCAUUGUCUUCGCAUUAAGUAAGUUUUGGAAAACAGUACAUCGGUCACAGCGGACAGUCAUGUUUUAUGGCAUAAAGCGGUCAAUGUAUUGAUCCAUUUUGGAACAAAAGAUGUUAAAUGCACCUUUAAUGGGAAGAAAAAGGGAGAAGGGUAUCAAACAGUGCUGGGUGUUGUAUAUCUCUGUCAUGUACUGAAGUAUUUUAGAGGCAAAUAUAUUUGAAAUAUGACUCUGAAAGGUAUAAAUAAACAUUAAUGAAACAAAAA